GUUUGAAAGCACGUACGUAACAGUAAGCAGACUAUAGCUACCCAAGUGCUGCCAGAGUAUACCUUUAUUUGGUCGCUACCACCUACAACUGCAACGCCGCUUGCGUCUUUCCUUACGGCUGGUCUUGGGGCUUACUUGCAAUACCAGAAACAUCAUUUUUUCCGCAAGUCGGCCAACUACCGUACAUCCCUGGCACAGCAGCCCCAACCCACCAACCCCAUUACCAGCAGCAGCGCACUGGGCUGCACUGGGGCCUCUGCUGCCACCCGCAGACGCGGCUGCUGCGGCUGCUGCACAGCUGCUGUUGCCGGUGCUAUAGGGCAGCGGAGCUCUCUGUGUGACGUAUCUCCGGUAGUAUUUACCGGCUAAUCCCCCGAGAUAGAGGACGAGGAGGAGGAGAAGCAGCAGGAGGUAUACCGUAAUAUACGUUCCACCGCCGUACGGGCUGUACGGCAGGUAUCACUAAGGAGGAGAAGGAGCUCGAGGAGGAGAGGGAGAAGGCGCUCGGGCUCGGAAACGGAAGGGAAAGAAGAUAACCUCUACAUCUGUUCCAUCCAUCCAGCCAGCCAAAAUGAUGGCCGAACCCUCCACCCCCUCCGCCCCCACCACCACCACCGCUGGCCCCACCACCACCAACCCCAACCCCACCACCACCGAUCAAGACCCCCUCUCCCUGCACUUCCAGCGCCUCUCCGCCGCCGUGGAAGCCCGCAUGGCCUCCCUCACGCAGCAAGAGGCGCAGCUCAAGGCGGCCGAGGGCGCCCUGGCCGCCGCAGCCUCCCGCAUGUCUGCCCGCCUCGCCCCCCGCCUGGGCUCCGACCUCAUCUCCCUCAACGUGGGGGGCACCUGCCUGGCCACCACCCGCCGCACUCUGACACUGCUUCCGGACUCGCUGCUGGGGACCAUGUUUAGCGGGGCGUGGGACGAGCACUUGCAGCGGGACGAGUGCGGCCGCGUGUUUCUGGACUACGACCCCUCCCUCUUCCGCAGCCUGCUCAACUGGCUGCGCGCACAGGAC